GGCGGCACUAUAAAGCUCACUGCUGAUUUGCAGGCUUCAUCAAAACCUGGUCAAGGCUUCAUCCCUACUCAUGACUGGCAUCCUCCUCUCACACCUGGUCACUGCGCUCUGACUUCUCAACUUCUCCCCAGUAGCACUAGUUGUCUGACUGACCCCAGGGUUCAUCAUCAACAAUCUUCAUAGUUUAUUCUUCUGAUUAAGAAAUGAAGUUACUGGGCCAGGUUGUUGUCUUGCUUUUGCUCGGGGGAAUCUGGUGUCAGAACAACCGUAAUGCUAAAGCAGGUGGCAAGUCUGCAAAGAAGUCUGGUGGGAACCAGGGAGGUGAGUCUGUCCAGUCAUCCCCUGCUGUUGAUUUGACUCCUGGAAGCACUGAAAAUACUAGAAGCACUGGAGGCUCAGCGGAAGCAGGACGGGAAGGCGCUGCAGGAGCUCGAGCAGCUGGACAACAGACGGAUGAUAUGAGGCUGCACUUCCUUCAGAACACCCAGGUUACAUGCAAUGAUGGAACUGUUGCUGGGUUUUACCUAAAGGAGUUCAGAGGAAGCCGCCGAUGGCUGUUAUUUCUGGAAGGUGGUUGGUGCUGUUACAGCAAAGAGACCUGCGAUUCCAGAUACCAAAACAUACCCCGACUAAUGAGCUCAUCCAGUUGGCCCCAAACAAAAAGAGGAACUGGAAUUUUGUCCUCUCAAGCAGAGGAAAACCCACACUGGCAUAAUGCAAAUAUUGUAUUCAUCCCAUACUGUUCCAGUGAUGUAUGGAGUGGCACUGGGCCUGCCCCAACUCCUCCUCCCAGGCCGCGACAGGGCAGAGAAAAAGAGAGAGAGAGGAAUAUCAAUGCUACUGAGUAUACCUUUAUGGGAUCCCUGAUCAUCCAGGAGGUCAUCAAAGACCUCAUUCCAAAAGGAAUCAAGCAGGCUAAGGUCAUCAUGCUCGCUGGCACAAGCGCUGGCGGAACAGGUGUUUUGCUGAACAUUGACAAGCUGGCCAGUCAGAUGGCACAGCUUGGUGCAGAGACUCAGGUCCGAGGCCUUGUGGACUCUGGGUGGUUUCUCGAAAGUCAACAGCAGAGAUCUCCCAAUUGCCCCGAGACUGUUUCAUGCUCGCCUGAAGAUGCUAUCAAGAUAGGACUCAGGCUGUGGAACGGGGUCGUUCCUGAUAGAUGUCGGCAGCUCUAUAAGAGAGGGGAGGAGUGGCAGUGCUUCUUUGGUCACAAACUGUACUCUGCCUUGACCUCCCCACUGUUUGUUGUGCAGUGGCUGUUUGAUGAGGAGCAGCUGAGAGUGGAAAACAUCUACAUGGGAGGACAGAGUCUGUCCGAGGAGCAGUGGCAGUACAUACGGAACCUGGGCAGGUUGCUCAAGAACUCACUGAGAGAUGUCACGGCUGUUUUUGCUCCUUCCUGCCUCUCCCACACACUGAUUACGAAAAGUAACUGGAGAAGUUUCCAAGUUAGAGGCAACUCUCUGCCCCGUGCUCUGCAUUGCUGGGACAGGAGUUUGGAGGCAACCCGCAACAACAGAACCCCUGCUAAAGGUUGUCCUUUCCACCUGUUGGACACCUGCCAGUGGCCCCAGUGCAACCCCACCUGCCCUGCAUUGGUGGACCAGGCCACACAGCAGGAGCUCACCCUGCUCCAGAUGCUAGCAGCCAUGGGUCUUGACCUCCAGAAGUUAGGCCUGGAUACCCAAGGGGAUGAACAUUCUUUGGCUAGCAUGGUCAGCAAUGGCGGCUAAGUGGUAACAUGGGUUGCUUCUGAAGAGAUAUCAAGCAGAGGAUUAAUGGUGGGAAAAAGUGUUGAAAUUCUAAUAUAACUACAGAAAUAGUACAGAAAUCUGGUAACUAUGUCUCAUGCUGCUCAGCAUUCCAUCAUGCUUUGUGUAUGUUAAACUGGUGACUUGACUGAUGGGUAUGUUAUUGUGUCUGAGUCUUAGUGGUUUAGCUGUCUCUCUAGUGGCCAGCAGAGGAAAGUGCUAAUUGUACUGGAUGGAACGCUUUGAGCAGACAUACUGUACCUCUUGUGAGACACUUUUAUCCUGAUAACUCUAUCUGAAACCAAACUUUGGACUAGUAGAGUUGUAUACCUACUGUGUAACAUUUGCACUUCAUAUACUGUAGUUGUUAGCGUUGACAUUUGCUUUUAUUCAAGGUUUAUUUUCUUCCUAUCUGAAUACAUUUCACAAAAGACAGGUUAUUCAUAAUGAAUGAGUAUUCAUAUCCUGAUUCGUAUGUUAAAAGAAAAUACAACUAAGAACAUUCAAAAAUGGUACUCACACUUUGUCACUGGUUGUUUUGCACACACAGUUCCAAAGACACUGAUUGUGAUUUUUUGUGAUUGUUUUUUUGUUUCUAGCUCCUGAUGCUAUGCUAACUUAUACAUAGCCUAAAUAUAAUACAUAAUGUAUAGAAAAUAUUUUUUGUGCAUGUAAUAGAAGUUUGAGUCGAUAAUGAUAUUUGUUGAUGUAGUAAGGAAGGUUUUUGCCUAUUUGAAAUAUGAAGUCUGUAAUAAAAAAUACUCAAA